AUGGACGCCAUUGGACAAAAGCAUGGGGUGCAGCAAGGUGGGGAAGAGAACAACAACGGUGGUGGUUGUGGUAGUUACAAUUGGUGUGCUCGGUGGAAGCCGACAGUUGAGCAAUUGCAAAUAUUGAAAGACCUUUACUACAACCAGAUGAUUCGGAGGCCAUCAACGGAGGAGAUAGAGAGGAUAUCGUUGAGGCUGAGGCAGCUGGGGAAGAUUGAAGGCAAAAACGUGUUUUACUGGUUUCAGAACCAGAGAAACCGGGAGAGGCACCCAAGAAAACGCCCUGUUACUGCAAUAAUAGCCCCUCCAGGCCUACCAGAUUUGCAUAAUAAUAAUUAUAAUAAUGCUGCAAAGCGUUCAAAGCCGCCUCCACAAACGCUCUCUCUCUUCCCAAUGCAUGGCGAUGGCGAUGGCGAUAGCGAUGGCGAUAGUAGUGUCUCCCUUGAGCUCAGCCUUCGUCCCUACUCUCCUAAACCCUAA